UCGAGCGGCGCCGGCUCACCGGCCGGUCCGAACCGGGCCGACGGCACCGAGAAGGGCUCCCGCGAGGCGGACGGCGCCGGCGAGCUGGGCGCGUUGCUGCUGCUGUCCGCCACCAGUGAUGACCUGAUGUCGAUCAGCGGGGACAUGGACAGUCUGAUUUUCCGUGAGGCGCUCGCUCUGGCUGACGAGUUUGCCAACGCCAAAGAAAAUGGCGAGGAGGAGCCGCCGGCGAUGGCGGCCAGCUGGCAGCGGCUCUCUGCAGACGCCGGACACAUGGCGCACAUGCUGGCCUCCGGGGUCGAGGCUGAUCCUGUACCCGCGCCCCGGCCGGCCCCGGAGCCGGAGCGGCACCGGCCGCCGACUCCGGGCCGCCGCCGGGACCAGGCGCAGCAGCGGCCCGCCCCCGUGGAGCCGGAGGUGAUCGAGGUGCCCUGCUAUCGGAUGUCUGAGCCGCCGCCGCCGGCCGAGCCGCGGCGGCGCCACCGACUGGCCGACAGCCCGGUGGCCGAGCGGGAGCGGGCGGCGCGCGCCGCGUCGCCCGCCUACGCCGCCCUCUGCGAGAAGGCCUCGGCCGAGCUGCGCCAGCUGGAGAUUCAGACGCAGGAGGAGUACGAGAACCUGCAGUUUGAGGCGCUGGAGCGGUCGAUGUCGGCGGCGCCGCGCCGACCUCCGCAGCUCACGCCCUGGGACUCGACCCGACCGGACUCGGGCACUUAUCGCGUCAACAAGCGGCGGUCUGGCACCUAUCGGGUAGCGCCAUCCAAGUCUGAACGGCAGCCGAUGGUUCUAGACCGAACGUUUGACACUGAAACACCCCUGGACCGAACCUUUGAUACUGAAGCAGUCUUGAACCGAACGUUUGAAACUGAGGCGCCCCUCAACCGGACGCUCGAUAUCAAGGAGCCCUUGAACCAGACAUUCGACACUGAUGCGCCCGUAAACCGAACAUUCGACACGGAGGCGAUCAUGAACCAAACGUUCGACAGACGCACGUCCCGAGACAGAAAGUCGGACCGGUGGACGCUUCUGAACGGCACGUUUGGGGCUGAUGGUCCCCUGAACAGCACGUUCGAUGGCCACGCACCGGCGCCGGAUGUGUCGUUUGACGCCGGCGGCGGGGCGGACGGCUCGCCGGAGCGGGAGCUGCGGGCGCCGCGGCUGUCCUCCGGCGCCGGGCGGCGUCAGUCGCGCCGGCCCGAGCAGCCGCCAGCCGCCGCCGUCGGCCUCAACGAGACGUUCGAUGCCGGCGAGCCCUCGGCGCGGCUCAGUGCCGGCGGCGAGCGGCGCUCCCUCGCCGCCGCCGGCAGGGCCGCCCUGAACAGCACCUUCGACGGAGGGAUGGCCCGUUCACCUCUUGUCGCCGACGCGGACGACGUGGAUCAGCCACGGCGCAGAGCUGCGGACGCCACGGUGGCUCUACUGCAUCGCACGGCGGACCAAGAAUCACUUCUGAAUCGCACGCUGGACAGAGAAACCCUACUGUCGCGCACUGCUGCACAGGAGGCGCUGUUGAGCGAAUCGCCAGUGCCAGACUCCGGUGGCGGCGCGGCUCUGGCGAGAACCCCAGCUGCCGAGUUCAGCCGUCGAAGUCGACACGGCUCGACGCCACCCAGGACCCGCCAGAUGUCGGACGAUGCGUUUGUAGCGCCGGAGGCCUCCGCGGCUGUGCCCUCGGAGUGUGAGCCGGCGUCCGUCCCCUCUCCGGCCACCUACCGCGUGCCCCGCCAGCCGGCCGCUCCGUCUGCGGAGCCGGCAGCACGGGCCGCGCUGCGCCGGCCGGCCGGCCCGCUCACGUCUACCCCUCGCCGCUCGGCCGGCAGCGCCAGCAGCGCCGGACUGACGCCCAUCUCGGCCGGCCGGCCGGCCAGCCCGCCCAGCGACAGCGACGGCCGCUCGCCGCCGUUCGUCGCCCUCCGCGCCGUCCCGGCCGCCGGGCGCAGCGGCCUGGGUUGGCGGCGCCGCGUGCCACUGCCAUUCCCUCAGGGCCGCGAUCCUCGGGACUGGCUGCACCGCGUGCCACCGUCCCGUCGGGGUUGGCGGCGCCGCGAGCCGCCGUCCCGUCAGGGCUAG